GCUUCCUAAAUUUUCUCAACCAUACCCACUAAAUGUUCAGAAAUGGCGGCUACAACCACUGCAGCAGCUAUCCCAGCCACUGAAAAGAAAACGACUGUCACCGGCUCGACAGCUGGUCUAAUCCAGUCUUUGCGUUAUUAUGGUCCUAAACAACUCAAAGUAGAAUAUGUGCCACCACUGGAGUGCAAGUCCGAUGAAGUUCGCCUCAAGAUAGGUUACUGUGGUAUUUGCGGUUCCGACGUUCAUGAGUAUCUUGGUGGCCCAAUUUUCCCACCCAAAGCCGGAGAGAAGCACCCCUACACUGGUGCACAGCUCCCCAUCACCCUAGGACAUGAAUUCUCCGGCACCGUGGUAGAAGUCGGCAAAAACGUCAAAGGCUUCUCUGUUGGCCAGAAAGUUGCUGUGAUUCCAGCUCUUGAUGAUCGUCAUUAUGGUGAACCUCCUUGCUUUGCAUGCCGGAAGGACAAGCGAAAUCUAUGCCAGAGAGGAGCUAUAUACGGCCUUAACACCUUAGGUGGUGGACUUGCAAGUGAGAUAGUUGUUCACUCUGCGAGCUGCAUUUCCCUUCCUGGUACCGUGUCACUCAAGGCUGGUGCACUUGUCGAGCCGUUAUCAGUUGCAUGGCAUUGUAUCCGCCUAAGCGCCAUUGAGAAGGGUCAAAAAGCCGUCAUAUUCGGCGCUGGUCCAAUUGGCUUGGCUCUCCUAAUGCUGCUGAAAGCUAGGGGGGUCAGCCUAGUCAUCAUUAGCGAGGUGACGGACUUGAGAAUGCAGCAGGCACGCAAAUUUGGGGCGGACCACGUCGUCAACCCCCUUGCUCAGAUAGAACAGACGGGUGGCACACCAUCAAAAGAUCCAGUAACAGCUCUAGUGCACAAACUGACAGAUGGUCAGGGGGUUGAUGUCUCAUUCGAUGCCACAGGGCUGCAGAGUACCCUGGACGCCGCUAUAGCUUCAACGAGAGUUGGAGGGACGAUUUUCAAUGUUGCUAUUCACGAAAAACCUUUGCAAAUUAACCUUAAUGACUUGUCGUUGACAGAAAAGACCCUAAUGGGCGGCAUAUGUUAUACGAGAGAAGAUUUCGACGCGGUUAUUGCCCUUCUCAGUGACAAGUCAAUUCCAGCCGAGGAGAUGAUAACUUCUAUUGUGCCCCUGAGUAAAGCGAUUGAGGGGGGAUUUUUGGAACUGAUCAAUAACAAGGCGACACACGUAAAGAUCCUCAUUCAGCCAGACGAGUAGCGUCAUAUAUCUAACUAACAUAACUGAGUUUACAGCACGGGAAACUGCUUGUUGGUUCAUCUCUCUACGUACCUAGGUAAACAACUCAAUAAAAAAUCGUAUCCCUAAGAU